GUCAGAAGGCAUUCGCUAUGAAAGCCUUCGGCAGCAAGCGAGAUGGGAAUACGUUUAGGAUGCUCUUACCCAUUGAAUUCCUCAGCAAGACCAAUGGCUAUAGGAAAAGUGGUCAAUUCCCGACAGUCGCCGCUGGUCACCACAUCACGUUACCUCUUGUCCCGUUCGACGCUCCUGUCGAGAGUCUCGCAGGCUUAUCAACGUGCUCUAGCGAUCAUCGGCAGGUUGUCUCGACACCACAACAACCUGUCGGCGGAAAGGAUGAAGUCAUAACUUACCAGAGGCGUUCAGGCGGUGGGUCAUCGGGAAACCUUCCAAAGAAGAAGGGGCUCGCCAUACCUCCUUCGGAUCUUUUUGGUAGCUCUCGUGUUGGUGCCAGCUCGCGCUUGCGGGACACCGCUCAACGUGGAAUGGACGAGGAGUCGGAGGAAGAUACGGAGGAAGACGAACGGGUUCGCCAAUUGCAUUCACGGUUGUUAGCGACGCCUCGGCACAUCCAGGGCGAAGGCUCUUGCGAUGUGAAUGUGGGGCGGGAAGCUGCUGGAGGUGCCGAAGCCCUGGUGAGGGACGAUGAAGAAUACAACAAGCAUGAAGGGGAGUGUGGUAGUGGCGAGCGCAGAGAACAGGUUCGAGGAGCGGUGGACCACAUGGAGUGGGAGAAGGUUGCGGCAAGCGGUGGGGUGGGCGAUGGCAGUGUGGGUGGUUCGGAAAUGCAAGACGAGGAAUUGGAAGCCGAAGGAGGAGAUGCGGGUCAUGCUCGAAGGAAAGCUGUGGACGAAGCUCGGGUCGCCUUGAAUGCAUCUCAAGGGACGAAAGGUGAAGCCGAUGUGAAAUGCAAAUCAAGUACUCGGAAUCGCAAAACGUCACAACCCAAGAAGCCCGUGCGGCCAUCAAGGCGCCAGAAAUGGGACGACUCGAGCGACGAUGCUGAAGGGGUGGCCCCUCGCUUGCUCUCCCUCCCUGACGACGAGGAGCAAGAGACAAAGAAACCCAGUGCGGUCAACAUGACGCAGUGCUUCUUUCUCGAGUACGAUGAGGACGGCAAAAAGAGAAGAGACCCGCCGAGGGUUGUCAUUGACGUCAUGCAGAUUCUUCGAAUUCCGGUGGGAGAUAUCGCCUUCAACCAGCGAUCGAUGAACCCGGCCAUCGUGCACGGCAUCGAAGCGGUUAUCGAAGCAUCAACUCGUCCAAGGUCCGAGGAUGAUCCUGCUCCGUGGGAUCCACCGGAGUUGGUGCUGGCUCCGAUUAAGCCAUCAAAGGACAUCAACGAACAAGGGAUACGCGUCCUUCCAGAGGAAUUCGACCCCGAUAGGGCAGAUGAGUAUUUAUAUUACCCGGUUGUCGGUCAACAUACUUCGGAAGCUAUGAAAAGAGCAGUGGCGAAGAAAUCUGCAGCAGUGGAGGUGUUCGGCUUUCGGAAUUAUGAUCGUGUACGGAUCAUUUAUUUCGACGACGACCAUAAGAACGGGUACGCGUUUGUUUCGAUAUACGACAACACGAGAGGUGACCGUGCUAUGUUGCCGUCGUUCCACUACGCCUGCGAGGACAUCAGAGGAUUUUGGGACUCGCAGGAACGGAUCGGGCCUGUGGGGAACGUGUCCAAAGGAGAUCCCAAGGGUUUGUCACACCAAAAAACAUGGAGGGAAUUUCUGAAGUCGUGCAUGGGGAAGUCAUGUGAGAAAUCACUGUGGACCGAGAGUUUGGUUCCAAAGUGGCAACAGGACUGGACGAACAGAAUGAGUGGAUACAUGAAUGUCGCCACAUGCAAGAACAGGAUAUGGUCAUUGGUAAAGGAGUUUUUUGAGAAGUUCGAGGCGGGGGAGCUGCUGCUACACGACAACAAAUGCCCAAAGGACUUGCUCGGGAAGCAGGAAGGCCGGGUGCCGGGCCAAUUCACUGAAGAGGUGCAGGGGAAGAAGGAGGUGUUCCGUUGCAUUCCGGCUAUGGACGGGGGACCAAACGCUACGGUGUCCUUCAAAGAUCUCGUUCCAUCUAACUUCAAAUGUUUUGGAGAUAUGACGACACGAGAGAAGGAAAUUGCAUUGCGGUUGAUGAUAAAUAAGAAAGUCAUCGUCACUACUAGACUGGUUCCUCCUGGAAAGUUGAACAUGACCAACCUCCUCAAUAUCAUAAUGCGCGAGAGAUACAUGAUGCGACUGUUCAACUACAUCAUCUUCAAAUCGGAGAACAGAGAGGCGAAAGAAUGGAAGGAUGGAAACUUAUUCGACUAUGAAAAAGUGGAGGAGAGGUUUGGUGCGAAGGCAGCCGAAUGGGAUGAGGAAAGUGAUAGGAUCCCUUUGGAAUAUGUCCGGAGGGUUCCAAAAAGGCUCGACGGAGAGCAUGAGGAAAAAUAUCAGAAAGGAGCCGGUCUGAAGGCCACGGCAGCGUUGUAUAGGGACGCACCUUUCCACUUCAAGUACUUCGUAUACCAUGCAAUUGGAAGAGUGAACUUGCUGACAGCUGAGUUGCGGCUGUUAAAGAACGCUGCACUUAAUCUUAGUUGGGAAAAGAAACAGCGGCGGUCAACAUUGUUACCGGUCAACAUGCACCCCAAGGAGUUACUGCCCGCGGCCGACGAAAUUGUGACUGCGAUCGUCAUGAAGCAGCUUUACAACUGGGACGAUGCAGAGGUGAUACCCGGGACUUGGAAGCGUUUCCUCGCGGUCGGUACGACUGUCAGCAAGUACGAAAACUGGCAAGUCGAUUAUAAGGACACGAUGGUUGUCGUCCUGUAUGCCGAGGGCGGCAACCUCAAAAAGGUAACGAGGGCUCCUAAAUCAGAGGCGGAGCUAGUGGAGCUAAACGUUGAGGAGGAGCAGUUCAAGAGGUGCAUAGCGAGGCAUGGCGGCGAGGAAGAAAACGAACGAGAGAUAUAUGGGUGGUGGGAACGACAUCCCAAACGGUUGCAGAGUUCGUUUCUGCAUGAGGAUCAGGGGGUGAUUCUUAUUGGAAAGUCGUAUGCUAGACUUGUGUGGGAACUUCUGCGCGCUGGCCAUCAUGUUUUCUCAUGCGACUCGUCAUUGAAAGACAUUUCGUACUUGACGAAGGCCAUCGAAAUUCUUUGGAAAGACGCGAGAAACGAUUGCAAGGUUGAGAGACAGAAGACUGCGCAUCGUCCGGAUAGGGACAUGUACCACAAGCUGGGCAAGAAGAGAAACAAGAUGUGGGAGUAUUUGUUCCAAGGCCAAAGCAAGUCGCCAUUCGAGCAUGACUACAUAGUUCGCAAAGCGAUGACACAGGAAGCGUAUGGUGGCUACCAUAAAGCGCAGGUGGGUGCGUUUGCAAUGUUCGUGGCGAGAUGUGAACAAAUGAAGUUCACAACAAAUCAGGCAAUGCUGACGUACGAUGAGUACAGCAACAUUGCCAAAACAAACGAUGCAUGGAAUCCGAUCGAGAGCGACGAGGAGACCGAAACCUCAGACCUCGAAAUCGAAGAGCGAGUGAAACGUUUGCGAGAGGAAGUGCAAAGUGUGCCUGCAUGCAGCGUUCCGAACAAGAAUCCAAAAGAAAGUCACACGAAAUCGCGAGGUGCGAGUAGUCCAACGCGUGACGUGACCGACAGGGCGAGUUCCAUUGAAGAAAUGCAAACGGAUUCGCCUAUGUCCCUCCAAGCACUUGAUAAUACAUUGAUUCAUGGCAAUCGUCACGGGUUCCAGGGAAGGCCUCACACUCUUGGAGGAAACACGGAACAGAACAUGCUGGCAGACGACGAUGAGGAUGACUUGGCGGUUUUAGAUACCCUUCCGAGGCUGAAGCCCGGUGAUGAUGUUCCCGAUCGCAUUGUGCAGGUCAGUGAACAGCCGUACUUAAUUGAAGACAAGGUGCCAGAAACGGCGUCUGAGAAGUGGGGGCAUCACAUUUUGUGGCAUACAAACGUAUUCGAGUCAUGCAUUGUCAACGGAGAGUGGAUGAUGGCACUGCAUCUAGCAUCAAGAUGGAAAGUCAAACCCAGACUGGCAGAAGUACCAUGGUUGAAAUUGGCAAAGAGCGAAAUCGUCUUUUGUGUUAGGAAAGAAAACGAGGGAGCGAGCGAGGCAGCUAUUGAGGAGAAGGCUCAAUUGCUAUUCGAUUAUCUGCACUCCGAGAAUCAGCUGGAAUAUAAACACAAGUUCUAUGACUUGUCGUCAAGCCGCUCAUACAACGACAUCAAUUGGAAGAUCGAACUUCUUUCUGAGGGGCAAGGCAUCGAGACAAUCCAGUUGGGAUGCUCACAGCUUGGGGGGCAGUCGACAACGCACUUUGCUGCCAGUGUAGGGGAAGCGAUGAGCCAAACUGCUGUCAAGAUAAUGGGGGUGGACAAAGGAACACAGAAUGUCGACAACGAUCCUUCGAACGUUGCAUCGUACGGGCCGCCUCUACUAACUCAGGCGGAAAACCAGAGUGUAUCACAGAUGGAGAGCCCCACUCCUUCCACGAACAUGGCGGUUUCAAAUGGAAUGCAAGGAGGUGGGUAUGCAGAAUGUGUGACUGAGUUGCAAAAUGAUUCCGAUGAGAUGAUGAAGGUGUUGGAGGAGGCGGAGAAGGAGGCGAAGAGGAAGGAUGAAGGAUCAACCACGUCCUAGACAGUGAUUAAUUGUAUAUCGUUAAGCGAUGAAGGAGUAGACGUACAUGCAGGGGGGCAUGAUGACAAUGAGGAUGCAAGGGAUAAUGUUGAUGAACAGAAAGGAGUGGAUGACGGAGGUCGACCUGCGAGACGGUCGACAAGAGAAAUAAAGAAAAAACACCCGG